CUUUAAACCACCACCAUCCCCACCUCUCCAACGACAUCUUACCCCAUCGAACUCAAUCAAGAUGGCGUUCGUCCUACCGCGCACCUUCACCAUCUCGGCGACCCUAAAGCAGGCGCCAAAAGCUUCGCGGUCCGCUUUCCGCGCCUUCCACAGCUCGCCACCGAAAACCUCGAACUUCUUCAUAUCCAAGACCUCAAACUUCUCCACAUCUAAGCCCAUCGCGCCCGCGCUCUCCAAGUCCCAAAAUGUUUUCCGUGCCACCUUCAGGAGGACGUACAUGCAGCAGGCGCCCCCUAUCGCCCCGACCGGCGACCUACGACAGCGUCUUCUAUACGGUGCUGGCAUCUUUGGGGGAACACUUCUCGCUAUAAAUCUGGUGUUUAACCGUGAGACGCGAGAGGAUGGCGGCAUGCCUGUCUACGAGCGAAGCUACUUGAACGACACCUUUCUGCAUACGGGGUUGGGAAUCGGUAUUAUUGGUGUGGCGGCGCGAACGCUGCACAUGAACGGAUGGAGCUACAGGCUCAUGGCAAUGAACCCGUGGGUGGUUCUGGGCGUUGGACUAGUCGGUAGCAUUGGGACUAUGUACGGGACUAUGGCUACAAGCCCUACAAACUACAUCCAAAAGUACACCCUCUGGACCGGCUUCAACAUCACGCAAGCCCUCCUCCUCUCGCCCCUCAUGUUCUACAAUCCCGCCAUCCUCGCCCGCGCCGGUCUCUACACCGUCGGCAUGAUGGGCAGCAUCGCCUUCGUUGGCGCCACCGCCAAGCAGGAGAAGUACCUGUACCUCGGCGGACCACUCCUCGCCGGCGUGGCCAUCGUCGCCCUCUCUGGUCUGGCGCCUAUGGUCAUCCCCGCUACCGCUGCCCGCACGCUCAUGUGGACUGAGAACAUCUGGCUAUACGGCGGUCUCGCCGUCUUCGGAGGCUUCACGCUGUACGAUGUGCAGAAGGUGCUGCACCAUGCUCGACUCGCGGAGCGUGGUGUGAUUGCCAAGGACCCGGUCAAUGAGUCUGUCAGCCUGGAGCUUGACUUUAUCAACAUCUUCAUCCGGAUGGUGCAGAUUCUGGCUAUGCAGGGGAACAGGAGGAAGUAGGCAAUCGUGCAUUUGAUGGAAUGGGUUCGAGCGUGAGCAGAAGUGAAGCAAGCACUUAUAUCAGGAGGAUGGGCUUUUUGGAGACGGCGUAUGGAGCUGAAAUAUAACAUUACCACUCGUCCUCCCUUGAGGAAAGUUGGCCUCCUUUCUUUAUGUGGUCUCCGCUCUUAGUGGCAUAGGUAAUCAUAAAAGAAAAUACAAUAUCCUAGAACUCAACUUGCGCGUAGAUUAUGUCCAGAUCCGGGCUUUACUGGGUCCGAAUCUUCAGGCCUUCAAACCACCUGAGCCACCUUAUGCAUAUGCACGAAUUCAGGAGCUAGAUGCAAAGAUUCAAGGACAAU